AUGGGUAUUCUCCGCCGCGGUAUUCCGCCUCUGCACCGGAGUAUCACGAAAUGCAUCUCCAACUUGACCACCACGGCACAAGCUGCCAUUCACGCAAAGCCGGCCAAUAUCAACUCCAACACAACCCCUGCCUCCCCACCUCUACCUCCCAGCACCAUUCCCAACCCCAGCAACUCCAUGCCCCCCGGCUUCAACGCCUCGGUCGCCAACCUCCCAAUCUUCACCCUCCCGUCGCGCGUCACACCGUCCUCCCGCAGCGACGCCGCCCUCGGCAAAGCGCUGGUCGACGCCUGGCGCCGCGACGGCAUCAUCCAGAUUGCCAUGGACCGCGGCCAGCGCCAGCUCUGGGUCGACGCCCAGGCCGCGAGCCGCGCCUUCUUCCGCCGGCCACACCGCGAGAAGACGGUGUGCGUCGACGACCGGAGCUACGCCGGAUACAUUGCCUCGGGGGAGGAGAUCACGGACGGGGUGGCGGAUUAUUCUGAGGUUUUUACGGUUACCAAGGAUCUUGGGGUUGAAGACCCGCGGGUGAGGGCGGGUUGGCCUUGUCAUGGGCCUUGUCCGUGGCCCGCGGGUGGGAUGAAGGAGGUGAUGACUGCUUUUGAGGGGAGGAUGGGUGAGGAGGGGGAGAAGUUGCUGAGCUUGGCUGAGUUGGGGCUGGGUGUGCGAGAGGGGGCGUUGACGGGAUAUACGAGGGAAUGGUUGGCAUCAUAUGCGGGUACUUCGGGCAGAGGCAUCGGCUCCCAUACAGAUUACGGUCUGCUUGUGAUCGCGGCACAAGAUGAGAUUGGAGGCCUCUUCAUCCGCCGCCCCAAUCAAGACGAAAAGUUUGCCAACUGGGAAAAGAGCGCGGCUGGUUUGAAUGAAGAUGAUGAAAACUGGGUGUACGUCCCUCCCGUUGAGGGCGUACAUACCGUCAUUCUCGGAACCUUAGGCGACAUGAUGCAAUAUCUUACACACGAUUACCUCAAGGCGACGCCGCACAAGGUCGGCCUCAACACACGAGAGCGCUUUUCGAUCGCUUACUUCCACGAGCCCAACUUUCAGGCUGUCAUCAAGCCUCUGGAGGAAGUCGGCGGUGGUAUAGGACAACCGGUCGUGAAUGACGUCGAGGGUAUCCACUACGGGACACACUUCACUAACAUGUUCUUGCGGAGCUAUCCCGACCGGAUCACCACGCAUCGAAUUUUAGCUGAAGAUCGGUGUGAUUUACUGAAGAAGCCGGAGCUUCGUCUGGCUGGGGCUAUUCCUGCAUGA